AUGUCCUCAGCCCCACCCCACCCCUCCUGCGCGCUGGGCGCCCGCGCCCCCGGGGCUGUCACCUGCGCCGCACGGGCGGUGGCUGCGGGUGCGGGUGUGGCGGGGAAGCGGCGGAGCGCCCGCCCUGGGCGCCUCCACGGUCUCCCCGCUGCCGCCCGGACCCCGGCGCCCCGGCCUCGGGCCCCCGCGGGCUCGGCUCGCGAUGGCGCCCGCCGCCUGCAGUCCGGGCCCCCGGAAACCAGGCCCGCUGCAUGGAACCUGACGGUGAGGGCUUGCUGCCCAGGCUGGGGGGGGGGCGCCCACUGCACCCUGGCCCUUGCCGAAGCCAGCCUUGAGGGCCACUGCUUUGCCACAUGGCUGUGCCAGCCGAGGGCAGGCUCAGCUAACGCUUCUGUGGGAAGCCUGGAGGAGUGCUGUGCCUGGCCUUGGGGACACAGCUGGUGGGAUGGCCGCUCCCAGCCCUGCCACAGCCGCUCCAGCCACAGACGCCCCGGUGUGUCCACAGACCCCAGUCUGCGGGAAAGGCACAGCCCUGGCCGUCACCUGCUCCCCCGACGGGCAGCUGCAGCCCAGGAUGUGUGCCGUCAGCUGCUGCACGGUCCAUGGAGGGAAUGCCAUGCCCAGGUGCCCCCUGCUGAGUACCACGAGGCCUGCCUGUUUGCCUACUGUGCUGCGGCCCCAGCAGGCAGUGGGUGGGAGGAGCGGCUGGAGGCCGCGCGCCCCACCUUGGCCAGCUACGCCCAGGAUCGUGCGGCGCGGCGCAUCCACGGACGCUGGAGGAAGCCCGGCUUCUGCGGUAGGGCUGUGCCUGGCGGCCAGCUGUGCUCGGACUGCGCCUCGGCCUGCCCGCCCAGCUGCUCGGCAGUGGGCGAGUGGGGCGAGGGGUCCCGCGGGGAAGAGUGCGUGAGCGGCUGCGAGUGCCCGCCCGGGCUCUUCUGGGACUGCGCCCUCUGUGUGCCUGCCGCCAGCUGGCCCCGCUACCACCGACGCCGGCGCUACGACCCCGGUGACGCCGAGCGCCAGCUGCGCAGCCCGCGCGUUGGCCAGGACGGCCGCUGGCUCUGCGCGCAGGCGCCGUGCCCCGCCGAGGGCGCGGUGGGCGGGGCCUGGCAUUACCUCACCUUCGAUGGGCGGAGCUUCUCCUUCCGCGGCCGCACGGGCCGCCGCUUCAGCCUGGUGCAGGACUUCGUAAAGAGGCAGCUACUGGAGCACGGGGCCUGCGACGCUGGGAGCCGCCUCCACGCCAUCUCGGUCUCCCUGGGGGACACCCACGUCCAGCUCAGGGACUCAGGAGCAGUACUGGUGGACGGGCAGGAUGUGCUCUUGCCCUGGAGCAGCACUGGGGGCCUCAGCGUCUCCCGCGCCUCUUCCACUUUCCUGCUGCUGCACUGGCCUGGGUCCCGCGUCCUCUGGGGAGCGUCUGACCCUGAAGCCUACAUCACCCUGGACACCCCCCCCCCCGCCAUGCCCUCCAGGUGUGCCGGAGGGCGGGUGAGUGGCUGGGCAAAGCCACAGAGUGCCUGGAACCAGCAGGAUGACUUCCUGACUCCUGCUGGCGAUGUGGAGACCAGCAUUGCCGCCUUUGCUAGCAAGUUCCAAGUGGCAGGCGAGGGAAGGUGCCCCUCGGGGGGCAGCGCUCCACUUUCCCGCUGCAGCACCCACACUCAGCGUCACAUUUUCGCGGGGGCAUCCCGUGCCAUCUUGCACGGCCCAGUCUUCCAGGAGUGCCACGGGCUGGUGGACAGCAAGCCGUUCCACCUGCGCUGCUUGACAGCUGUGUGUGGCUGCCCCCCCGGCAGGGACUGCCUGUGCCCCGUGCUCGCUGCCUAUGCUCGGCGCUGUGCCCAGGAGGGUGGGUGCCCUGCUUCCUGGAGAGACCAGACCCUCUGCCCUGUCCUGUGUCCUGGUGGCCAGGAGUACCAGGGGUGGACCCCAGUGUGUGGUCGGAGCUGUGGGGAGACUGGAGGCUGUGGGGAGCUGGGCAGCUGUGUGGCCGGUUGUAAUUGCCCCCUAGGGCUGCUUUGGGACCCUGAGGGCCAGUGUGUGCCCCGCGGCUCACACUCCUGCCAGCUUGGGGCCCAUCGCUAUGGCCCUGGCAGUGCUACCAUGAAGGACUGCAACCGCUGCAUCUGCCAGAAGAGGGGCCCAUGGAAUUGUACUGCUCAACUCUGCGCCCCACCGCGGGCAUUCUGCCUCCGUGGGCUCGUCUACGUCCCUGGUGCCUCCGUCCUCACCUGUGACAGCCCCAGUGCCAGUGGCUCCUGCCCCCCAGGCAGCAUGGGGGGCUGUGUCUGUCCCCCAGGAACCGUGCUGCUGGAUGAGGGCUGCCUACCUCCCAAGCUCUGUCCCUGCCGUCACAGUGGGCAGUGGUACCCUCCCAACAUUGCAGUGCAGGAGGACUACAACAUCUGUUAUGCCCAGGCGUGCCAGGGUCGGCAGUGGCGCUGCAUGGGCCAGCGGUGCGAUGGACGGUGCCAGGCAUCAGGCCCCCACUAUGUGACAUUUGAUGGGCUGGCCCUCACCUUCCCCGGGGCCUGCGAGUAUCUGCUGGUGCAAGAGGCCAGCAGCCGUUUCACAGUCUCUGCCCGGGACCUGCCCCGCGGGGCCAGCGGCCUCACCUGUGCCAAGGCGCUGACCGUGAGGCUGCAGAGCACCGUUGCGGACAUGCCGAGAGGCCAGGCGGUGACAGUGAAUGGGGUGAGUGUAACGCCCCCCAAGGUCUACACGGGCUCCGGGCUGAGCCUGCAUCGUGCUGGCCUCCCUCUGCUGCUCACCACCUGCCUGGGCCUCACCCUGCUCUGGGAUGGAGGCACCCGGGUCCUGGUGCAGCUGUCCCCCGAGUUCCGCGGCCGGGUGGCUGGGCUGUGUGGAGACUUUGAUGGAGACGCCAGUAAUGACCUUCGGAGCCGCCAGGGAGUCCUGCUGGAGCCCACGGCUGAACUGGCUGCCCACUCCCGGUGCCUCAAUCCUGCCGCCCCCCUGCGCCGUGAGGAUGGGAGUCUGGCUGGUCCACCGUGGUGUGCCCGCGCCCACUGCGGGGCGAUGCUGCAGCCGCUCUUUGCCCGGUGCCAUGCGGAGGUGCCCCCAGAGCAGCACUUCGAGUGGUGUGUGCAUGACGCCCGCGGAGGUGAUUCAGGGGGCGUCUGUGAGUGUCUCUGCUCGGCCAUCGCCACCUACGGGGAGUGUUCCGGCGGGAUACACAUGAGCUGGCGCAGCCAGGACCUCUGCCCUCUUCAGUGUGAAGGGGGCCAGGGGUAGGAGGCCUGUGGCCCCAUGUGUCGUCCCCCCCUCAACUGCCAUGACCACGGUCCUGAGCCUCGGUGGCACUGCCAGGCCGUUGCCCGAGUGGAGGGCUGCUUCUGUCCUGAGUGGACUCUGCUGCACUGAGGAGUCCGCCUCGAGCCGGCUUCCUGCCCCUGCUAGUGGCAGUGGCGGGGCAGCUUCUUCCCCCCGGGCACCGUACUGCAGAAAGACUGUGGCAGCUGCACGUGCCAGGAAAGCCAGUGGCUUUGUGGGGAUGGCGGUAGCCUCGGUGAGGAGCCGGUGCCUGGCUGUGCCGUGGGGGGGGAGGCCCCGUGCCAGGAGAUCAGGCACUGUGUGCCCCGCGGGUGGCUUUGUGACUACCAGGAUGACUGUGGCGAGGGCUCAGACCAGGAGGGCUGUGCCACCCCAGGCCGUGGGGAGGGCCAGGUGUCUUGCAGCUCCGGCCACUGCCUGCCCCUGGCCCCGAUCCGUGAUGGGUAGGACGGCUGUGGAGACGGGACGGAUGAGCAGGGCUGCCCGUGCCCCCGGGACUCGCUGGCCUGCGCUGACGGGCGCCACCUGCGCCCCGCCCCGCCCUGCGAUCGACACCCUGACUGUCGCGACGCUGCUGACGAGGAGUGCUGUCGGGGGCGAGUGAACUGCACCCCUGGGGAGGCGUCGUGCGUCGAUGGUGCCGGCGUGCGGACCAUCCGCCUGUGUGACGGAAUCCGCGCCUGCCCAGGUGGAGCCGACGAGGGGCCUGGGCACUGCCCGCUCCCCCAGCUGGCACCUUGCCCGUGCGCCUCGCGGGGCUGGCGCUGCGACGGCGAGGAGAACUGCGCCGACGGCGGCGACGAGAGCGGCCCGCUCUGUGUGGCCCCCGCGCAGCUGUGCGACGCCGUCGCACACUGUCCCCACGGCUCAGACGGGGAGCCCAGCGCCUGCGCUGAGAGCCCGGCCGGCGCGGCCACGCGCCCAGCGGGCGGGGCGCCCUCUCCUCCCGCCCCCACCCGACGGACCUCCGCCGCCUGCGGUUCGGGGUGGCGCUCGCUGGAGAGCGACCCCGGUCUGGGGGCCGCCGAGUCUGAGCGCCUGCCCCGUGGUUUGGCUCCCCAGCUGUGCCCGAACCCUGAGCGGCUCUGCGACGGGCUCCCCGGCUGUCCGCAGGGCGAGGAUGAGCCGGGCUGUGGCAGGCACACUGCCCAGGAGGCACCGACAGGACAGGGCUGCCCCGGGCCAGAAUACUCCUACCCCGAUGGCCUCUGCCUCAGUUUCCAGCUGCUGAGGGUGGGGAACGGGUGGUGCAGAAGGCAGAGCCACUGUGCCCCCAAAGCGAAAGUCGCCCUGACCCCAUUCCCUCCCCAGGUGUGCAAUGGGCAGCCUGUGAAUUGGCGGGGGAGGCAGGGCCCCCCCAGGGAAAAGCAGCGCUGUGAGGCCUGGGGCCCCUGGAGCCUGUGGGCGCCGUGCAGCCCGACGUGUGGACCCGGUGUGCAGGGCCGCUCCCCGCCCAGUGUCCCGGUGCUGCAGCGCUGCCCGGGCCCCGAGCACCAGACUCAGGCCUGCUUCACGGCCGCCUGCCCGGUGGACGGUGAAUGGAGCUCCUGGUCUCCCAGGUCCCCGUGCUCUGAGCCAUGCAGGGGCACCGUGACCCGGCAGCGGCAGUGCCACCCACCCCGGAACGGGGGCCAGACCUGUGCCACACUGCCUGGGGACCCUCCCAGCACCCGCCAGACCAGACCCUGCCCUCAGGACGGCUGCCUGGGAGGGGCGCUGGACUGGACACCCUGGGGUCCCCGGUCCGCCUGCUCCCGGAGCUCCCUCGUCCCUGGAGGGGGCCCAGGCUGGCACAGCCGUUCCUGGCUCUGCCCCAGCCCUGGGGACACGUCCUGCCCAGGAGAGGCCACCCAGGAGGAGCCCUGCAGACCCGCUGUGUGCCCAGCACCCGGCGUCUGGGGUCUGUGGGCCGCCUGGCCCACCUGCUCGGCGCCCGGCGAUGGAGGCGUCCAGACACGCGGGCACAGCUGCUCUGCCUCAGCUCCUGGCGGCCCCGGGUGCCAGGGACCCCACAGCCAGAGCAGGGACUGCAACACGCAGCCCUGCACAGCCCAGUGCCCAGGCGACAUGGUGUUCUGCUCAGCUGAGCCCCGGGAGGGGGACCCACGCCCUCGGCUGUGCCCGGCACAGGGCCCUGGGGUGGAGUGCACCGGCGUCUGCACCCCUGGCUGCUCCUGUCCCCCUGGCCUCUUCCUGCACGACGCCAGCUGCCUGCCCCUGAGUCAGUGCCCCUGCCAGCUGCGCGGGCAGCUCUAGGCAUCUGGAGCAGUGGCCCAGCUGGGCUCCUGCAAUAACUGGUGGGAACCCGCGUCGGGUCCCGGUGGGGAGUGGGGCCCCUGGUCUCCGUGCUCCGCGCCCUGCGGGGGUGGCUACCGGAAUUGCGCCCGAGGGAGCGGUGGGCCCAGCCCCGUGGACUUCUCCACCUGUAGCCUGCAGCCCCGUGCAGUGAAUGUGCCUAGGCUGAGCUGUCGAUCUCUGUGUCCCCCGGGCAAGCAGUGGCUGGACGGUGCACUGGGUCCUGCUUCCUGUGCAGAGCUCAGUGCCCCGAGAGGGACUAACCAGCCCUGCCACCCUGGCUGCUGCUGCCCGUCUGGGACGCUCCUUCUGAACAACGUGUGUGUGCCCACCCAGGACUGCCCCUCUGCCCACGGGGGACGCCUCCACCCCCCAGGCAGUGCUGUGAUUCAUCCAUGGGAGAACUGCUCCCGUGACUCUGGGCUCAUCACCAACUGCACCUCCUGGCCUUGUGACGAGCAUGAGAAGGGGCCCACGUGGUCACCCUGGACCCCAUGGAGCGAGUGCUCGGCCUCCUGUGGCCCUGCCCGACGCCACCGGCACUGCUUCUGCACCAGGCCCCCCGGCGUUACACCACCCAGCUUGGCACUGCUGCCCCCACUGGCUUCAGCCCCACCCCCUUGCCCAGGCCCUGAGGCAGAGGAGGAGCCCUGCCUCCUGCUGGGGUGUGACCAUGUCCCGUGGAGCCCAGAUCCAAGCCCUCGCCACUCCUGUGUGGCCGGCCUCCAGAGCCGGACCCCACCCCGGGGCCUGGGGGAUUACUGAGAGGGGCCUCGGGCCCAGGGGGCCCCCUGCCGGGCUGUACCUGCCCCAGUGACCAACUGCACCGCCAUCCAAGGGGCUGAGUACAUACCCCGUGGCCCUCCCUGUACUCGCUCCUGUGACGACCUCGUGCACUGCGCUUGGCACUGCCAGCCAGGCGGUUACUGCCCGCCGGGCCAGGUGCUGAGCGCCUACGGCGCUGUCUGCGUGCAGCUCAGCCCCUGCAGCUGCCUGGACCUGCUGACCGGGGAGCGGCACCGUCCCGGCGCUCAACUGGCGAGGCCCGAUGGCUGCAGCUACUGCACCUGCUCAGAGGGCAGGCUGACCUGCACAGACCUGCCUUGCCCAGUGCUUGGAGGCUGGUGCCCGUGGUCACAGAGGACAGCGUGCUCCCAGCCCUGCCAGGACCAGACGAGGACCCGCUCCAGGGCCUGCACCUGCCCGGCUCCUCAGCAUGGGGGGGUCCUGGCCCGGGAGGUGGGGGAGGCAGGGGCCCAGCAUCAGAGGGAGACCUGCACCGGCCCCCCUGAGUGCCCAGUGGAUGGAGCCUGGGGCCCAUGGGGACCGUGGUCUCCCUGUGACGUUUGCCCGGGGCAGUCCCAUCGGAGCCGAGGAUGUAGCUGGCCCCCCACUUCUGAGGGAGGCCGGCCCUGCCCUGGGGGCCACAGGCAGAGUCGACCCUGCCCGGACAGUUCUACUCAAUGCACAGGCUGUGCAGGUGGCUAGGGUCUUCUCCCCUGUGGGCGGCCCUGCCCCCGCUCCUGCCAGGACCUGUCCCUCGGGGUCGUGUGCCAGCCAGGCUCCACGGGCUGCCAGCCCAGCUGUGGGUGGCCUGGCCAGCUGUCCCAGGACGGCCUUUGUGUGUCCCCAGCCCAAUGCCGCUGCCGGUACCAGCCCGGAGCCAUGGGGACCCCUGAGAACCAGAGCCGGUCCGCAGGGUCUGGGCUCAGCUCCUGGGAGAGCCUGGAGCCCGGGGAGGUGGCGACUGGACCGUGUGACAACUGCACCUGUGGGGCGGGCAUCCUGCAGUGCUGGGAGGUGCCCGACUGCCCCGGGCCCGGGGUGCGGGGCUCCUGGGGCCCCUGGGAGGACGCAUGUUUCUCCUGUGGAGGAGGGAAGCAGCUGUGCUCCUGGCGCUGCGCCCGGCCGCCCUGCCCCAGGCCCGCCCGCCAGAGCUGCAUCCGCUGCACCCAGGUCCGCAGAGAGGCAGGCUGCCCGGCCGGGCGUCUGUAUCGGGAGUGCCAGCGCGGCGAGGGCUGCUCCUGCGCCCACAUCGCCCGGCGGGUGGGCUGCUUGGCUGGCUGCGAGGAGGGCUGCCGCUGCCCCGAGGGCACCUUCCUGCACCGUUUGGCCCGUGUGCGGGGCCCCGGGGCCUCAGCCCUGCCCCCUACCAUCCCCCCCACCCUCUUCCUUCCCCCCAGCCGCCCGAGGAUGCGCACAGAUGCAGAGAGCUGGCACCCGGCAGGUGGCCGCAGCCUGUGCCACUACGCGUCCUCCCGUGCUCCCCGCAUGAGCGCUCCUGUGUGCCGACUGCUGCGGGGGCUGGGCACUGCCGGCGCUGACCUGGGGGCUCAGCUGUCCAUUCUGGGAGAUUGGGGUCAGCCCCUUGGGCCUGGAGAUGAGUUGGGCUCAGGUCAGACCCUCCAUACAGGCUGCAGCAACCGCUCUUGUGCACACGGGAAGCUGUCCUGCUCCAAGGCUGGGCUUGGCUUCGGCCCCUGGGGCCCGUGGGGCCCCUGCUUCUGCUCCUGUGGCGGGCUGGGCACCCGCACCUGCACCUGCCACUGUGCACGCCCCACACCCACUCCCGGUGGCCAGGACUGCCAUGGGCCCCGCCAGGACCUCGAGUACCGUACCGCCUCCCCGGACUGCCCAGGUGAGGGGAGAGGGACUGGGUAG